UGUCCGGGUCGCCCCGGGUGUGUUUUUUUUGCACGUGGGAACGCGGGUUGGGGACGCGGGUUCCCCAAAAGAUGCGGCUCCUUCGCGUCUGGAAGAAGAUCUGGGCGAGGAGGGGCGGCCCACGCCGACAAUACACGACAGCGGCUCUUCCGUCCCAAGUUGCCGAGCGCCUGGCGUUAUACCAGCGGCUGAAGGCCGCGGCAGACGAGCGCCAAGCCGAGCAAAGCCUCCGGGGGAAGCGCCCAAUCUUGGUUUCCUUGCCAGGCGGCCGAAGCGUCGAGUGCGAAUCCUGGACGACCACCCCUUAUCGGCUGGCCUUGCAAAUCAGCCAGAGUCUGGCGGAGACCGUGGUAACGGCACGGGUGAACGGAGGCCUUUAUGACUUGGAUCGUCCUCUGGAGGGUGACGCCACUGUGGAAUUUUUGGGGUUUGAUUCUCAGGCCGGGCAAGAGCUGUUCUGGCAUUCCAGCGCCCACCUCCUGGGCGAGGCUGCUGAGCGCUUCUAUGGUGCCCUGUUGUGCCACGGGCCCAGCACCGAGCAGGGCUUCUUCUAUGACCUGUAUUUGGACGAGGAUCGGAAGGUGUCCAGCAAAGACCUCCCUGACCUGGAAGAGCUCUGCAAAGCGACCGUCGCAGCCCAGAUCCCUUUUGAACGGCUGGAGGUUUCCCGAGAGGAUCUGCUGGAGCUCUUUAAGCACAACCGAUUCAAACUGGAUAUCAUCAGACGGCGGGUGAAGUCUCGGACUGCCACCGUGUACAGAUGUGGGACGCUAGUCGACCUCUGCCAGGGCCCCCACCUCCGGCACAGCGGGGAGAUCCGAGCCCUGAAGCUCCUCAAGAACGCUGCCACCUCCUGGCAAGGAGGCCCCUCCGGAGAGCCCCUGCAGCGCAUCUAUGGCAUCUCCUUCCCCAGCGCCCGGCAGCUGGCCGCCUGGGAGGAGGCCCAGGAGGAGGCUGCCCGGCGGGACCACCGGCGUAUCGGAAUGGACCAGGAACUUUUCUUUUUCCACCCGCUGAGUCCCGGGAGCUGCUUCUUCCUCCCCAAAGGGACCCACAUCUACACGACCCUCGUGGACUUCAUCAAGAGCGAGUACCUCAAGCGCGGCUUCUCCGAAGUCGUCACCCCCAACAUUUUCAACGCGAAGCUCUGGGAAACCUCCGGCCACUGGGAGCAUUACGGCGAGAACAUGUUCUCCUUCCCGGUGGAAGGCCAGACGUUCGCCCUCAAGCCCAUGAAUUGUCCCGGCCACUGCCUCAUGUUCGGCCACCGGCCCCGAUCCUGGCGGGAGCUGCCCCUGCGGCUGGCUGACUUCGGGGUCCUCCACCGCAAUGAGUCCUCGGGGUCUCUGACGGGGCUGACGCGGGUCCGGCGCUUCCAGCAGGAUGACGCCCACAUCUUCUGCUCCAUUGAUCAGCUGCAGGGGGAGAUCAGAGGCUGCCUGGACUUCCUGCAGGCCGUUUACUCCGUCUUUGGGUUCACCUUCCGCUUCUUCCUCUCCACCCGCCCUGAACACUUUCUCGGGGACCCCCCGCUCUGGGAUCAGGCCGAGCAGCUGCUGGAAAAAAGCCUCCGGGAGUUUGGGCAGCCGUGGGAACUCAACCCCGGGGACGGCGCCUUCUACGGGCCCAAGGUGGACAUUCAGAUCCAGGACGCUCUGGGGCGGUACCACCAGUGUGCCACCAUCCAGCUGGACUUCCAGAUGCCGCUUCGCUUCGACCUCUCCUACAAGGGAAGGGACGGCGGGGCCCCCGAGAGGCCGGUCAUGAUCCACCGGGCAGUGCUGGGCUCCGUGGAGAGGAUGCUGGCCAUCUUGGCCGAGAACUACGGGGGCAAAUGGCCCUUCUGGCUGUCCCCCUCCCAAAUCAUGGUGAUUCCAGUGGGCCCCGAUGCAGAGGAGUACGCUGGCGAGGUCCACCGGAUCUUCCGCCAGGCGGGGUUCCAGGCAGACCUGGAUGCCGAUUCAGGAGAGACCCUCAACCGGAAGAUCCGAAAAGCCCAGUUGGCCCAGUACAACUUCCAGUUUGUGGUUGGCCGGAAGGAGGUGACCCACCGCACCGUGAACGUCCGCAGCCGCGACAACCACCGUCACGGCGAGAGAGAUUUGCACCAGGUGCAGCUCCGGCUGCGGGAACUCCAGGAGACGCGGGUCAGAAACGCGGAGGAGGUCUUCUGAGCCAAGGGCAGGCGGGGCCUCCGCAGGGCUGCCGGGCCUAGUCCUCACCGAGGAGCGCCAAGGCUGAGAAGGGCUCAGGAUGCCUCCC